AUGGCCGGGAUCAUCAAAAAGCAGAUUCUGAAACAUUUGUCACGGUUCACCAAGAAUUUGUCACCUGACAAAAUCAACCUGAGCACCCUGAAAGGGGAGGGUCAGCUGUCAAACCUGGAGUUAGAUGAGGAGGUUCUGCAGAACAUGCUUGACCUGCCCACCUGGCUCGCUGUCACUCGGGUUUACUGCAACAAAGCCGCCAUCAGGGUAGAGAAGGUUGUUGAAGGCAUGUCCAUCAGAAUCAACACGAUCACCAUCAAGGUUCAGGCUCGAGCUUUUCAUGCCUCGUUUGAACUGUGGCAGCUCCAAGGCAGCAGCCUCAACCCCAAGUGGCAGCGCAGUGAUCUCCGCUACACACGCAUCUCUGACUCCAAGAAAGGAGAAGUCUUAACCUUUAAAGAAAUAAACUGGCAGAGUCUGCGCAUUGAGGCAGAUGCUAUUGAGAGAGACGACCAGGACCUUGGCAGCACGCCACUACGUCUAAUCACUAACCAGGGUCGCAUCCGGAUCGCACUGAAACGCAGAAUAAAGGACUGUAACGUGCUGGCGUCCAAACUGUUUUUCAUUCUGGAUGACCUUUUAUGGGUUCUGACUGAUUCUCAACUCAAAGCCAUCAUCCACUACGCCAAGUCUCUCAGUGAGGCAAUGGAGAAAUCUGCUAAGCAGAGAAAAAACAUGACUGCUGAAUCCAUGCAGGCUUCUGCUGCGUCUCCUGGGAUGCAUAGUAUUUGGACAGAGCCCACUCCUGCCUCCACUGGGAGCCCCAACAGUAUGAGCCAAUACUUUGAUUUAUAUGAUGUUAAAGAGUCCUCAUAUCACACCUUUAUUUCCCGCUUGGACCUACACAUAUGCAAUGAUAGUUCUUCAUCAGAUGAUGACGAGCCGCCCCCUCCGGCCUCACAAGGAUCCUUGCAACUCACCUUCAAGAAACUGGGCUUUGACUUCUACCCCAUCCACAGGCCUGCUGAUGGAUGUAAACACUGGGAGCGUCACAAUGCAGCCAUGGAGGCCCAGGCGCAGUGGACAGGAAAACUGUUACAGGACUUUCAGAGGAGAGCUGAGGCCUCUGGCUUUCCCGGGCCACUCUCUGAGGCUAAUCCACCAACCAAGGACUCCCCUGACAGGACCAGGCAAGAAUCUACUCUCAAGACAUCUGCCUCAGAGCACAUUUCUUCCUCCGUUCGGUCUGAACUGAAAAGGCUGCGCUCCAGCUCAGUAGUGAUCAGAAUGGAUGAUUUUGACAUUCACCAGGUGUCGACCAGAGGCCGUCAGAACAAAAGAACACAGUCUUUUCUGUCUUGUAACCGUAAAUCUCUACAUCUGCCUGACAACAUACCAGCAAUCCAUCUGCAGUUUACAGAGUACUACUUUCCAGACAACUCCAGUUUAGAAGGACCCACCUCAAGCCUUUAUGCCCAGCUGAAUGGCAUUCAGUUGUCUGUGGACCCGGCCAGUGUCCUGUGGAUAAACCUGUUCUCACGAGGCCUUCUCCACACGUUAGAUCAAGUUAAAGCUUUUUAUCAUUUGCAAGACAGCAGCAAGACGGAGGAGCAUAUAGACCUUCGUAUGGAUGCAGCACAACUGAAGAUUGUAUUUCCCCUGGAUUCAUCCAUUUUGGACCAUCCAGAGCGUCCACAGUCUCUGUCUAUCGCCAUCCCCCAACUAGCAAUUAGCAACACACGCCACUGUCCUCAUGGCACCGGAGCUGACCUCAGCAGUAUCUACAACAACUUCACUGCCAACAAUUUCUUUAAAUCUCCUUCUGACUCUAAAGAUCAAACUUCUUUUCAUCCUCUUCCACCUGCCUUCCUCAGACACUCACAGGAAACUGAAACACAGCCUGUAGAUCAAAAACAGAGGUCCCAAGAUGUCUGGUCCCUGAGCCUGUCCCGGAUCACACUGGGCUUUGAUGGCGCCCGGAGAUCUCCAAAAGGCAGGACACAGCCUUUCGUGGAGCCACUAACCAUGUCAGUGUGGAUGUGCAGACCAAGGAAUUUCUCGUGUGAAAGCGAAGACGGUUCCUUUGCCUCUUUUCACUUCCUGGUGCAUGCGAUUACUCCGGUGAAAAUAUGGCUCAACCAUUAUCAAUAUGUGGCGCUGCUAAGAAUGAAGGACGCUAUGGCACGCUUAGGAGCAGAGCUGGGGCGAGACACCAAGGAGGUUAUAAAGGUGAAAAAGAAGAAACCGGAAGCCCUGACCGCGUGUUUCUCUCUGCUCCUGGAUUCUGCUGAGCUGGGGCUGCUGUUGCCUCCUGUGAGCUCCGAGCCAGAGCCAGAGGUGGCCCACACUCCGGAGACAGAUAGCCCCAGCAUCAGUGAGUCGGACCUCUACCCCUCUCACCACGUCCCCGACCUGGUCCCGGAGGAGAACGGGAUCUCCUCGGUCAGCACUGGAGAAGCAGGCUUGGAGCAGGACGCAGCAGUAGAGGAAGCCUGUGAGGCGGUGGAGGAGCAAGAGGAAGGGACAGAUGCACACAGCCCCGCCCAGUCCCCCGUCCUCUCGCCCGGCCAGUCCCCUGCACUGUCCCGAGAGCCGUCCAGCUUCAGUCUCGAGGGAGAACUGUCCAGCGCUAUUACUGUCACCAAGGACGUGACCAAAGAUGCCCUCACUGCCUCCCUGGACCUGACCAAAGGAGCGUUUUCAAUGACGAAAGAUGCCUUCAGCAUGCUGAGCCGUGGUUCUGGAAUGAGCAAGUUGUUCAGUCCAGCAAAGGAUUCGGGCCAGGCCUCAGAGCAGUCAUCUCCUGUGCCCAGCCUGCGCUCCAUGAAGCAGUCCCCGUCUCAGCAUUCGUUUGACAGCGCCAUUCUGGACGGCAGUUUGCCCGACGAGAACCUGUCUGUGGAUAGUGACCUGAGUGAGGGUUUUGUGGUUCUCAUGGGCUCAGAAUCAGGAGUGGAGUCCAUGCGUCCGAAUCAUACAGGCAUGAAUCCAGGCAGUCGGGGAAGCCCAGCUCCAGGCACAGACGGAGGCUCGUCUGCUGACCUCAGCAGCUCUCUGUCCCAAAGCACGGAAGACGUUUCACAAGAUAUGGCCUCAGCGUUCAUGCUUCUUCUGAGUGGGAUCGCUUGUACCAUGGAAGCAAAGGGAGAUCAUCAAAUGGUUGUGGCAGAAGCUCAGAACCUGGUCCCUGUGCACUUGGGGAAUAUCAGGAGUACAGACAUCCAGGCUGGGCUCGUACAAGUUCCGGAUGGAGUGCUACAGAAGCAGAACAAGUUCCGAAAGGUUCCUGCCGUCCGUCUCAGGACAGAGAUGGGGGCCUCAGCGGCAGAGAACCCUGCUGAUUACGGGAGCGUCAUGAGCAUGAGUUUGCAGGACUGUUCCGUGGAGCUGCUGUCAUCUACACUGGCCAACAUCGGGCCUUUCCUCGAGGAUGAAUUUGCUGUCGACAGCCCGCCCAUGAAGCUUCACAUGAAUAAUAUCACCGUUACUAUAAAGGAUGACGGCCCCCGUAUCUAUCCCACGGCCCCUCAGCCUGUUCCAGCUACAUUCAUUGUAGAUCAGCUGAUGCUCGAGCGCGGGGACGAUGGCAUCCUGAGGAUCAAUGCUGAAAGCGCGGAACCCAAACCCAAAUCUGCCUCAAAUGUCCCAUUGGACCAGGAUAGAGAAUCUCAACAGGACCAGACUCGAACCUCAGGAGAUCAGCUCUCUGAUGUGCAGGCAGCUCUCAGUCAGGCACUCAGUGAGAGAGAUCGCCUUCUGUUGGAGGUCAGGAAACAUGACCCCACAUUCUCUCUGUGA